GCUCAAAUCUGCUCUGCUCAGCGUUGCAUUCUGUGCUCUCCCGCGUCGCAGCAGCUCACGGUCCCAUGUCGUCGUCUCCAUUUAGCGGGCGGAUUCUUCCUGCUUCCUGCCCCACUCGUUGCAGUCCUCGGUGAUUCUCAUCCCUCCGGUUUUGGAUUUGGACUCCGGUUCUUCUGCUUCCACGUCUGGAUUUAGAGUCGAUGGAGUUGAGCUGUCGGCGACAGCAAGACAAUUGCUGGCCUUGGUUUCGGAUACAGUGAAGGUAAUCCGUCUUUGAAAGAAAGAAGAUACUUAGGAAGCGGCAGGCAGUGGAAAUGGUUGUGAUGAAGAGGAAAAUGAAGGCGACGGUGUUGAUGCUCUGUGGAGGAGGUGGAAUGGUUGUGUAGUGGGUUUUUGGGGGUCCUUCUCUUUCUUUUCCUCGUUCUUGUUGAAGUUUUUCUCAGCAAUCGAUUUGAGAGGACUGGAUAUCGGUUUCCCCGAGGAAUUAGAUAUAGGUGUGGCGCAGAGGAGAUUUGGAUGCCGAUUCAUCUUUUCAGAUCGAGGAAAAGAUUGAGAAAGAUAACUGACAUUUAUUUCGUUUUGGAUUCUACGCCUGGGACCUUGGAGAGUUUUCCUUGAAUGCUAUCGAUUUCGUACAUAAGCGAAUUUUAGUUUUUUUCCUGUAUUCAAGAGAGGAGGAUUUGGUGAGCUAAAUUUGCAACUCCGUGCAAUCGCGUACCUGGAUUACGAUGGAACAGUGCUUCAUUUUGCAUGCUUCAAAUGUUUAAAUGGCCUGAAGAGUGAUUGUAGAAUCGCUAGGGAGCUGGGGGGUCAUCGGAGUAAAUAUAGACAUGGAGUCAUUACAGGCACAAGUGGUGCAGGCUGUUCGCAUACUAAAUCAUGACACACAAUCAGUUAACCGGGUUGCCGCAAAUCAAUGGCUGGUGCAAUUUCAAAACUCGGAUGCCGCUUGGGAAGUGGCCACUUCUAUUAUGAGUAUGGAUUCUUCUCCAACGAUCGAUUUAGAGGUCGAGCUCUUUGCUGGCCAGGUUCUUAAACGGAAGAUACAAUGCGAUGUUGGAAAGCUAUCCCUAGAUGGGAGGGCUGCUUUGCAAAAAGCAUUGCUCAUGUCUGCUAAGAAAUUUAGCAAUGGGCCUUCUCAGCUUUUGACCCAGAUAUGUGUCGCCCUAUCAGCCUUGGUUCUACGUGCAGCUGAGGUGAGGAAACCAGUUGAACGGUUAUUUGCAAGCCUGAACGAACUGCAGGGUCAAGGCACUGGUAGCAAUGCAGUAUUGGAGCUUCUCACCGUCCUACCUGAGGAGGUUGUCGACGAUCAAUCCUUGCUUUCUAGUGUGGAGUUUGGUCGAAGGUCGCAGUUUUCCAGAGAGAUUCUAUCUCACACAGGCGCGGUGCUUGAGUUUCUUCUUCAGCAAAGCAUUAGUGACGGCUUAGAUAAGCACAAUAGGCGGUCCAAGGUCCUCCGUUGCCUCCUUAGUUGGGUGCGACUCGGAUGCUUCUUAGAAAUCCCUCAAAGUGCCAUACCUAGUCAUCCACUUUUGGGGUUUGUUUACAGUUCCUUGCAGGAUCCAGGCUCAUUUGAAUUGGCUGUGGAGGUGCUAACAGAACUUGUCAGUCGUCACGAGGGUUUGCCUCAGGUUUUACUUCCACGGAUGCUUGAUGUGAAGGAUGGACUUUUAAUGCCAGCUCUUGCUGCUGGCGAAGAAAAUGUCAUUAGGGGUGUCGCUACUCUUAUUGCAGAGCUGGGCCAGGCGGCUCCAGCGUUGGUUGCGCAAGGCAGCAGAGAAGCUUUGGAUCUGGCGGAAUCACUUUUACGAUGUGUCUCUUUUCCAAGUUGUGACUGGGAAAUUGCGGAAUCUACUCUUCAGUUCUGGUGCACACUUGCUGAAUAUUUAGUUUCUUGUGAAGAUACUUCUGCAGCACUUCCAACGUUUAUACCUGUGUACAGUGCCCUUCUGGAGGCCUUAAUCGUAAGGGCUCAGGUGCCAGAUCAGAUUGAAGAGGGUAGUUUUGCUGAAGAUGAUCUUGAUGGUGUUAGUGGACUUCCAGGUGGACUUGCUCUAUUUCGGAAAAAUUUGGACGAACCUCUUGUCGAUGUUUGCCGCUUGUUGGGGCCAAAGCAAUUCCUUGCAUCGUUACUUAGUGGAGCUGAGGCAUGGUCUCAAUUUGAGACGCCAGUACCGUGGCGAUCAGUGGAGGCUCGUCUCUUUGCAUUGCAUACGGCUUCGGAGGUGGUCCUGUCAGAAAGGCAGAUUUUAGACAUUACUCCUGUAUUGCACCUAAUUGUUGUUCUUCCGUCAAGGUCUUCCCAGAUUGAUCGAACCUUGUUUCACUUGAUCCAGAAGUCAGCUGCUGAAGUUGUUGCAUCGUAUUCUGGGUGGUUACAUAAUUUUCCUUCUUUUGUCACCCCGUUACUUGCAUUCUUGGCUAGCGGUUUAACAGUUCCAGUAGCAGUUAGUUCUUGUGCUGCUGCCUUGCGGAAAGUAUGUGAAGAUUCCCCAAACCUUUCACAUGAAUCGACCUCCAUUGCAGGUCUUUUGCGGAUUGGCGAGGAGCUGCAUGCUCUUCCAUUGACUCUUGAAGAAGAGGAAGAUGUGAUGUGUGCAAUCGGUCGUGUGCUUUCCUCGCUUACAAGUGUCGCUGAUUUGAAUGCUGCUCUAGAGCACUUGUUGAAACCCAGCCAUGUUGCAAUUGAGACACUGCUGAGUACAGACAGUGAUAAUUCACUUAGACAUCAUUCAAAAGCCUACUGGACUGUUUUACAAGCUGGCAUCCGGGCAGUUCAUAGGAUAGGGGUUCUCUUUGGUCAGUUGACAGGGGCUUUUUCAACAAAAGACAAUGGCGAUGAGCCGGUUUUGAGAAUUAUAGCGCAUUUCUGGCCUUUAUUUGAGCGACUACUUACUUCACGCCACAUGGAGGACUCUAGUUUGGCUUCUGCAACUUGCAAGUCUCUGUCACAGGCUAUUCAAGCAUCAGGACGGCUGUUUUACUCUUUGCUUCCUAGUAUCAUGGCAGCCAUGUCCAAUGGUUUUUUAUCAUUCCAACCGCAUGUGUGCUUCUUAAAAACAGCUGGAAUAGCCGUGGAGGAGUUCGGUCAGGAGAAAGAACACGGGGCUCUUAUUGUGGAAACGCUGAUGGUCUUGACAUCCUCAGAAGCCAUGGCUGCAAUGACUACGUCGUAUUCAUGCGAUCAGGAACCGGAGCUUGCUGAAGUUUACUUUGGUUUGAUGUCCACUUUUGUGCACAGCUGCCCCCAUGAAGUUGUAGCAGCUGCGGAUACUCUCCUGGAAAUUUCGUUCAACCGUGCAUCUAUCUGCUGUACAGCUAUGCAUCGAGGGGCAGCCUUGGCUGCUAUGUCCUACAUGUCCAACUUCUUAGAAGUUGUGUUGUCAGCAUUUACAGCUCCCAGAAGUGUUUCUUUGGAUGGAUCUUUUUUGGGUGCUGCUGCAAGAGUUUGUCUACAAUGUGGGGAAAAUGUUGUGUCAGGCAUGAUGUAUGCCUUGCUAGGGGUUUCCGCCAUCACCAGGGUUAACAAGGCAACUAUAAUACUUCAGCAACUAUCUGCUUUAUGCUAUUUCAGCGCGAACGUGGACAGCCAUUUUCCUCUAAAUUUUUCAACUUUACAAGGCUGGCUCGUUUCUGCGGUCCAAGGUCUACCACCUGAGUACUUAAAGCCCGGGGAAGUUGAGACAUUGAUUCCCAUAUGGCUUAAAGCUAUGGAGGCUGCAGCUGGUGAUGUGUACAGGUCUAAGGCGUCAAUGAAUAGUGGAGGUCGGGCAAGUGGUGGAGGUUAUCUUCAGGGAGCUGGUGGCCGCAUGCUGAAACGCUUACUUCGGGAAUUUGCGGAUACUCACCGAUUUACUGCACCAUCAUAUGGACCCAGCUGAUCCUCGGAUAUCCGAAUCCACAAUAUCUGCAACAGCAUGAGCAAGCUGGACAAUGUGCACAACCAAGAUCCAGUUUUGGGGGAUCAAGCGUACUCUUUCACCGGAUCCAGAACAUACCCAAAGCGCAGUUAUGCGAUGUUUUCAUCCCUUGGACUGUUACAGGACUUUCUGGAACCCACUUCAUGCAAGUCAAGCAGAUUAUUCCUGCUGUGUUCAUCCUCUAUAGUUGUUCAGAUGGAAUUUUCGUGCACGAUCCUAUGCCAGAACAGCAAGCUAUCAAACGAAAUUCUUAAGUGUGACAAUCUUGUGACAUAGUGGGGGAAUUACUACUUAAAUGCCAACUAACGGUGUGAUGAGUACCACCUAGAGUAGCAUCAAGGCCACUUCUGGAAAGUGUCUUCAGAUCUUCAACUUAGAAUUGCUACGGAUUGUGAUCUUAGCAUUAGUAGCAACCGCUUACUAAUUCAGCUAUUCAAAGAUCAAUCUCAUGUUCUUCCAAUUGAUCCAUAUAUCUGUCUCAGUGUCGUGGAAGCGUGGAGCACAGAAAAUCUGCUUAGUGGCAAACUCAAACAUUUGGAAGAGGGAGGAAGUUCUUGGAACUACCGACAUAGAAGAAGCAAAUGGGUGAUCGCGACCAUGCAUGCCCAAGGAUUCAAUACACAACCAAUUGUAAGGCACAGAUUGAUGUUGACAAAACCCAAGGCAGUUUUGAAAACGGUGGCUGGAUUUUGAAUGGGUCUUCAAUUUCAAUAAAACAUUGAAAUUCAGAAAUCAA